AUGUAUGGGUUCGGUGGUGAGAAGUGGAAACACAAUCGGCACAUGUGGCCUGUACCUUCUAACGCGACCACUGUAGUCACCGUUUCUUCACCGUCUCAAUUUAUAUGCAAAGAUGGACGCAAGAUUCGUGUUGGUGACUGUGCACUUUUCAAACCACCCCAGGACUCCCCUCCUUUUAUUGGAAUAAUUCGCAAGAUAACAUUUGAUAAAGAAGAAAGUCCAACUUUAGAAGUGAAUUGGUUUUACCGACCUGCUGAUUUGAAUCUCUCUAAAGGGAUUGUGCUGGAAGCUGCACCAAACGAAGUGUUCUACUCCUUUCACAAGGAUGAGAUACAUGCUGCAUCAUUACUCCAUCCUUGUAAAGUCGCAUUUCUCCGUAAAGGUGUUGAACUUCCUUCAGGGAUAUCCGCAUUUGUUUGUAGGCGAGUGUAUGACAUUGAGAACACUUGUUUACGGUGGCUAACCGAUAAGGACUACAUUAAUGAACAGCAGGAAGAAGUUUACCAGCUUUUAGAUAAGACAAAACUAGAAAUGCAUGGGGCUGUGCAGUCAGGAGGCCGUUCUCCGAAACCCUUGAAUGGUCCAACGUCAACGCAGUCAUUGAAAUCUAGUUCUGAUAACAUUCAAAAUAGUUCUUCCUUUGGUGUACAGGGUAAGGGAAAAAAGAGAGAAAGAGGUGAUCAGGGAUCUGAUUCAUCUAAAAAAGAACGAUUAUUUAAAGUAGAAGAUGGAGAUUCUGGUCAAUUUAGACCAGAGAGCAUGCUAAGGUCUGAGAUUGCUAAAAUCACUGAUAAUAAAGGUGGGCUUGUGGACUCUGACGGUGUUAAAAGACUUCUGCAACUCAUGCAACCUGACAGUGCUGAUAAAAAAAUAGAUUUGUCAGGGCGAAUAAUGCUUGUUGAUGUAAUAUCGCUCACAGAGCGGUAUGACUGUCUUUGCUGGUUUGUACAGAUUCGGGGUUUGCCUGUGUUAGAUGAAUGGCUGCAGGAGGUCCAUAAGGGCAAAAUUGGCGAUGGUAAUGUUGAUAAGUCUGAAGAGUUUUUGUUAGCGUUACUUCGUGCAUUGGAUAAUCUUCCCGUGAACCUUCAUGCACUACAAACCUGUAAUGUUGGAAAAUCUGUUAAUAAUUUACGUAGCCACAAAAAUUCUGAAAUUCAGAGGAAAGCCCGGACUUUGGUAGACACAUGGAAGAAGCGUGUUGAAGCUGAAAUGAAUAUGACUGAUACAAAAACUGGUUCAACCCGUGCUGUUUCUUGGCCUGCAAAGCCAACACCAUCAGAUGUUUCUCACUCCGGAAAUAGGAAAACAGUAGGAUCCUCUGAGAAUGUUGUGAAGACCUCUGCUAUUCAACCUUCAACAUCCAAAAAUUCCCAAUCUAAACUUAAUUCUGGAGAAGUAGCAUUGAAGUUCUCUUCAUCCCCUGGCUCAACUAAAUCUGGGUCUGCCUUAGUAUGCAGCAACUCAAAAGAUCAAAAUGUUAAACCUGUUGUUUGUGCAACAUCAGAUCUACCUCUGACACCUAUCAAGGAGGAGAGGAGCAGCAGUUCUAGUCAAUCUCAAAACAACAGCAGAUCUUGUUCUACUGAACACGCAAAGGCUAUUGGUUCUUGCCGGGAAGAUGCAAAGAGCUCCUCUGCAGUGUCAAUGAGUGUGAACAAAGUACCUGGUGCUGCAUCCCGAUCUCGGAAGUCUAGUAAUGGUGUACAUGGAGCUGGUAUUGCUGCAGUUCAGAAGGAUCAUAGUUCUGCCAAGAACUCAGCAAGAAAUUCACCUUCUGAUAAAGUUUCCCCGACUCGAAUGUCCCAAGAAAAACCAUCCGAUCAGCCCCUUACUGAUCAAGGGCAUAAUCAGCGACUGAUUCUCAGGUUGCCUAACACCGGCCGCAGUCCUUCAAGGGGAGCUAGCGGGGGCACUUUUGAAGAACCUUCUUUUACAUGUGGCAAAACAUCACCUCCUGCCGACAUCAAAAAGGAUAAUCAGGACAGAAGAGUUAAAGCUAAAAUUGAUUGUUUGCAGACCCAUGUGUCGAAUGUGAUAAAUGAUGCGUCUAAUAAUAAUGACACUACUGCUUGUGAUGAAGCUAAGGGCUCUCCAUCGGUGGGCGAGCGUUGCAGGGCUAAUGAUGAUGGUGAUAAAGCUGCAGAAAUACCAAAAACAACUUGUUCUUCAACUGGAUUUGUUUCCAGAUCAGGAGAAAUGUCCAGAUCUGAAAACGUAUCGCCUCUGCCUUCCCCCGAGAGGAAGUCUCCUGCUGCUGAUGAAUCAAGCUCAGGGAAUGACUCCAAGUUAAGACAUUCUCUUGAAGGAGCUGCACGCACUCUUGGACAUUCUGAUGGCGGGUUUACUGGAGAGCAUACUCGGAAAACUGUGGAGCCAUUGCAAUUCAAAAAGGAUUCUAGGCAUCCUUUGAUGACAAUAUCGCAUGAUUUUUCAGAUGGUGAAGCCGUUUCAUCUGGCCGUCUGGAGAAAAAUGGUGACAGCAAAACUCAAAUAAAUUUCUCUACUACCGAUGCAAUACAAAAUGCUGAAGGUCCAUGCUUACGGCCGGACACCAAAGAGGACACUUCCGAAACUGUUUUUUCAGGUAGAAAGGAGACUAUUGCAGAAGUUGGAGGAGCAGAGCGUUUUCAGGAGCAGAGGGAAUCAGGAACUCAAUGGGCUAAAAACUGCAGUAGUUCCAGCUCUAAAUUGAAGUCGGGGACUUCCUCGUUUGAUGAUGAUCAGAAGAUUGCUAACAUGGUUGGCGGUAUUGCAGAGCACGAGAAAAUGUUGGUUUCAGAAACCAUUGCAAGUAGUAUGAAUGAAAAUGAACAAGGUAAAAGAUCCCCCGAGUUAUCUUCUGGUGCAGAUAGUAAGACCCAGAUCAGUGCAGAUAAAGUGACAGGUAAUGUUAUGCCGGUGCAAAAAGGCUCGUCAGUUACAGAUAACUGCGAGUCCAUUGAUUUAAAAAGGGAGUCACCUUCUUCUGGUAAUGCUUUGACGGUAGCCAGGGAUGAAAAUGAUAAUCAUGUGAUGCCAGGUGAUAUUGAAACUGAUGAAAAACAAAAGGAUCUGGAUUCAGCAGUUGCAGAUGAUGUUAAUGAACGUUCUGAAGAGAAUUUUGGUAGAAAAGAGGUUAGUGGCUCUGGUUCAUUAGCUCACCCAGAUUUACCAAUUUCUGUAAAAGAGAACGAAGAUCUGAAAACAUGUGAUUCUAUUCUUGAAAGAAAGAAAUCUGCAGUUGCUGCGGAGUUGAAUGCGGGCAAUGCUAAUCUAUCCCCAAUUGCUUGUGGUUCUGAUGCAGCUGUAAAACUGGACUUUGAUUUAAAUGAGGGUUACCCUGUUGAGGAUGUAGGCCAGGGGGAUAUUGUUAGACAGGAAGAACCUAUCAGUUCAUCUGCAGUUCAUGCUCCUUGCCCAUUGCCUUUUCCCAUUCCGUCCCUCUCUGGGGCCUUCCAUGCUUCAAUUACAGUAGCUUCUGCUGCCAAAGGACCGGUUGUUCCGCCAGAAAAUCCGUUGCGAAGUAAGGGGGAACUUGGGUGGAAAGGAUCAGCUGCUACAAGUGCAUUCCGGCCAGCUGAACCUAGGAAAAAUGCUGAGAUGCCAUCAAAUACUGUUGAUAUUCCACCAGUCGACGCCACUUCAGUCAAACAAGACCGCGCUCCCUUAGAUUUUGAUUUAAAUGUUGCAGAUGAAGUCGGUUUUGAGGACGUUGCUUACCGAGGUGACUUAGAGUCCGGUGCUCAUGACCGCAGCUCUGUGGGAUUUGAUCUUGAUCUAAACAGGUUGGACGAGACUCCUGAAGUUGGAUCUUUCUCUAUGGGUAAAAUGGAUAUUCCUUUACCGAGUAAACAACCUUCAUUGUCCAGUGGGUUAUCUAAUGGUGGAAGUGUCUCAAGAGACUUCGAUUUAAAUAAUGGACCAGGCCUUGAUGAAGUUAGCACCGAAGUCCCAACUCGUACUCUGCAGAUGAAAAGUACUAUCCCAUUUUCAAGUUCUGUUCAUGGCACUAGAACAAAUAAUGCAGAAUUUGGAAAUUAUUCUUCAUGGUUUCCUCCGGGCAAUUCGUAUUCUGCAAUUACUGUCCCACCACUUCUGACAGGUAGGGGGGAGCAGAGUUAUGUUGGCGGUUCUGGGACACAGCGGAUCAUAGGUUCUACAGGUAGCACACCUUUUAGUCCUGAAAUGUACAGAGGGCCAGUGCUCUCAUCCUCCCCAGCUGUUGCAUAUCCAUCUUCUACUCCCUUUCCAUAUCCAGGAUUUCCAUUUGAAACCAAUUUUCCGUUAUCUUCAAAUGCUUUUUCUGGUUGUUCAACACCAUUUAUGGAUUCAACAACUGUGGGUGGACUUUGCUUUCCUACCAUGCCCUCACAGCCCAUUGGGCCUGGUGGCAUUGUCUCAUCCACAUAUCCACGUCCCUAUGUUAUGAGUCUUCCAGGUGGUACAAGCAACGUAAUUCCUGACAGCAGAAAAUGGGGUAGUCAGAGUCUGGAUCUUAAUUCAGGCCCUGGUGUUACGGAUACCGAGCGCAGAGAUGACAGAUUGCCUUCAGGAUUGAGACAGAUGCCUGUCUCCAGUCAACAAGCCUUGAUGGAGGAUCAUUUGAAGAUGUUUCAGAUGGCCGGUGCAUUAAAAAGGAAAGAACCUGAUGGUGGUUGGGAUGGAACUGAUAGAUUCAGUUACAAACAUCCCUCAUGGCAAUAG